AUGCCGUCGUGGGUGGCAGAAGACAACUACGACAUCUUUACUUUGUUGCGAGGACUUUUCGGGGCCCGUGGCUUUAUCGAUCCUCGGCUGCGCCUCAUCACGACAGCCCGCGGACGCAGUGUCGUCACGGCUGGGAGCUUGAAGCGACACGAGGUGCUUUUCCAGGUGCCCCUGAAGUCUAUGCUGCGACGCAAGCUUCCGUGGCGGGAGGUGCCCCUGUUCAAAGCCAGCCGCAAAGGUCUCUCAGAGGACGACGAGAUAAUUCUGUUUCUGGCGGCCCUGCGGAAAUUCGGGGUCUACUCGGAGUGGUACCGCUACCUGCGAACCCUUCCUCUCGAAGAGGCCUCCACACCACUGACCUGGAAGCCGAAUGAGGCGCACGCCUUGGAAGAGCGCAUUGAAGAUUCGCAGGUGGUGAUGUAA